UGUAAAUUUAAUGUUAGAUAUUCUUUAACUGAUAUUAGGAAGAAAGUGUAUGAAGUAUAAUAUAAAAAGAAAUUUAAAGUAGCAAAAACAUCCAAUGAGUAUAUUAAGGUGUAGGAACUUUUUAAAUAGAAAAUAAAUAUAGAAAUAACUAAAAUUUCAUUGUAAGAGAAGGAGCAGCGCAAAAAACACAUCUUAAAAAGAGCGACGUAUUUCAGUUGUUGUGCUGCUCGUUUUUCUUCUUCACCGCCAUCUCCGCCGCCUCAACAGUCACACUCUUUCCCUUUGCCUUUCGUUCCUCUAUUUCGCUCAAUCCCGCUAUCUUUUAGCGUCGCUAAAUUUCUCCUUUGCGUUACAAAUUCAAAGUGAUUGGUGUGAAGGAGAAAUGAGCUGCAGUUUGUGGUGCUGGUCAUCUUUGGAGGGCAAGAUUCCUUAUCCAGAAGUUUUUCGUUCUGACAGAGCAAAAGUUCCUUUGCCAAAGGCUUCUAUAAAGGCAAUUAGGAAGGAUGAGUUCCAAAAUUGCCGCUAUAAUGUUGAGGGAAUGUUAGUAGCCUCAUCUUGCCAAUUGGUACCCGAAGGAUUGCAGGACAAAUCCAAGAGUAAGAAGAAAUGGGGAGAGAUGAAUGUGAAGAGGAAAACGGAGUAUGUUAGGACUUUGUUGAUUGAUAAUUAUGAUAGCUACACAUUCAACAUUUACCAAGAGCUGUCUGUUAUCAACAAGGUACCUCCUCUUGUGGUGCGUAAUGAUGAAUGGACUUGGGAAGAAGCCUACUAUUAUUUGUACCAAGAAAGAGCUUUUGAUAAUAUUGUUAUAUCUCCUGGCCCUGGUUCGCCGAUGUGUGCUGCUGAUAUAGGGUUAUGCCUUCAGCUUCUGCUUGAAUGCAGGGAUAUACCUAUUUUGGGUGUUUGCCUUGGACAUCAGGCCUUAGGAUAUGCUCAUGGUGCUCAAAUUGUACAUGCAGCUCAACCAAUACAUGGGCGUUUAAGUGAGAUCGAGCAUGAUGGUAGUAAACUAUUUGUCAACAUCCCUUCUGGUAGAAAUUCUGGUUUUAAGGUUGUUCGUUAUCAUUCUCUUGUGGUGGAUGAAAAUACAUUACCGAAAGAACUUAUUCCCACAGCAUGGACCUGUUCUAGUAAUACAAAUUCCUUUCUUAAGACUUCUUGCUUGAACCCUGAUGCCUAUAAUAACAAGGGAAGCCAUCAAAUAAGAAUGAGAUCUUCCCCUGCUUAUCUUGGAGAGGGAAGUUCUUUGCUCUCUAGUCAUGCUGAUUGUGCUCAAAGUGAAAAGGUUCUCAUGGGUAUACGGCAUGUCAGCAGACCUCAUUAUGGUUUACAGUUUCAUCCUGAAAGUGUCGCAACCAGUUAUGGGAGGCAGAUGUUCAUGAACUUUAGAGACAUCACUGUUGAUUAUUGGAAAGGAUUGGGUGCCUCAUGUUCUAAUGGCAAGUUAAAUGCAUGCAUGCAGGUGCCUGAGACAGGACAGCUCCCCAGGAAUUUGACAAAGAGACCAUUUUCUAACAAGGAGAAUCACAUUUACCGUUUUAAUAUCACCAAUCUUUUUAGUAUUCAAAAGAGCAUGAGAAUGCAGCACCUGAAAUUAAAGUGGAAGAAACUUGAAUCUUUUGCUAACAAAGUUGGUGGAGCAAGUACUAUAUUUUCAGAACUUUUUGGAACUUGCAACACUGAAGAAACCUUUUGGUUAGACAGUUCAUCUAUUGAAAAGGGAAGAGCUCGCUUUUCAUUUAUGGGAGCAAAAGGUGGAUCACUAUGGAAGCAACUGACAUUCAAACUGUCAGAUGAAAGAAAUGGAGGUUGUCUCUCUAUUCGAAACACCCAGGGCAAUGUUACGAGCAUGCAUUUGGAAAAUGGUUUUCUUGAUUUCUUAGACAAGGAACUCCAGUCAAUUCAUUGUAGCAAGGAAGAUUAUCAAGGGCUGCCAUUUGACUUCUGCGGUGGUUAUAUUGGUUACAUUGGGUAUGACCUAAAAGUUGAGUGUGGAUCUACAUCUAAUUGCCACAAAUCUCGAGCUCCAGAUGCUUGUCUUUUCUUCGUGGAUAAUUUUCUUGCCAUUGAUCAUCAAAAUGAUGAUGUUUACAUCUUGUCAUUACAUGACAAAAUCUCAACUCAAUCAUCAUGGCUAGAUGCUAUACGUUUGAAGCUUAGAAGCUUGGAGGGUUCCAUUUUAGAGGUUAUAAAGCAACAAACUUUGCCUUCUGUUUGUUCUCCUCUUAAAGCUGGAUUCUGCGCUGAAAAAUCAAGAGAUCAGUACAUACAAGAUGUUGAGAAGUGUCUUAGAUACAUCAAAGAUGGAGAAAGCUAUGAGUUGUGUCUCACAACUCAGAUGAGGAAGAAUAUUGAGGAGGUAGAUCAUCUAAAUCUUUACCUCCGACUCAGAGAACAGAAUCCUGCCCCAUAUGCAGCGUGGCUGAAUUUUCCAAAAGAGAAUUUAUGUAUCUGCUGUUCUUCUCCAGAAAGAUUCUUGCGGUUAGACAGAGAUGGUAUCCUGGAAGCAAAGCCAAUUAAAGGUACCAUUUCUCGAGGUUCAACUCCAGAAAGAGAUGAACAGCUUAAAAUGCAGCUUCAGUAUAGUGAGAAGGAUCAGGCUGAAAAUUUGAUGAUAGUUGAUCUGCUCAGAAAUGACCUUGGGCAGGUUUGUGAUCCUGGUUCUGUUCACGUGCCCCGUCUCAUGGAUGUGGAGACUUACAGUACUGUCCACACUAUGGUAAGCACAAUAAGGGGGAAGAAGCAUGAACAUGCAAGUCCGGUCAACUGUGUUCGAUCUUCAUUUCCUGGUGGAUCCAUGACAGGUGCUCCAAAGCUUAGAUCCAUGGAAAUUCUUGAUUCCCUCGAGAGUUGUUCGAGGGGCAUUUAUUCAGGUUCGAUUGGAUAUUUCUCAAUUAAUGGAACAUUUGAUUUGAACAUUGUGAUUAGAACGGUUGUUAUACAUGAGGGUGAAGCUUCGAUUGGUGCUGGUGGUGCAAUUGUUGCUUUAUCGAAUCCUGAGGAUGAGUACGAGGAAAUGAUUCUUAAAACUCGCGCUCCUACUAGAGCUAUUGUAUCAUGCAAACGAACUCUUAUUUAGUGGAGUAGCCAUCCAUGAAACAGCUAGUUAAGUUAUGUUAUAUUCAUUUCCAACACCUCCAGUUCCCACUGGUGUUUUCAAGCCCUUACAAGAUACAGAAAGUGGUGAUACUCAACACAUAAACACACACAGAGACAAGUUCGGUUCACUGGAACUGAACUAUAUAAGCAAUGUUUUCAGCGUUAAUAUUAUAUUGUACUAUUUCUAUAUCUGUACAUCUAAAAAAAGUUUAAAAUGUAGGGAACUAUGCCCGAUUUAUUUCCUUAUACCGAGCUGUAGGAUGAUGUUUGGAUUCUUUUGAAUUGAUACUUCUUUCAUUCUUUUGAGCUUUUUUAGCUCAAAUUA